CUGCACAGGGGGAAUAGGCCAGAUGGUCAAUGUUAGCGCCACACGAGCUGAGUACCUGGCCCAGUGUGCCCCCCUCACCUUGUUCCUACUAUAGUCAAUGGCAAAACUCCAAUUGGUUUCACUGUGAAUCCGCAUAAGGCACAGGAACAUGAAUGCCAAGUCGAUCAUGUGGUUGGGCUGAUGCUAUCGGUAGUUCUGGGGCCAGUUGCUGUUCGGACUCUCUUUUAAAAGCUUCAGCACUCCUCAACUAGGAGAGAGAGUCUCUCUUCUGCUGUAGCUUACUUCCUUUGAGUAAAGCAGAGCUAGCUGCUGUUGUCAAAAGCACUCAAAUGAGCAUGUGGGAAAAUGGAAGCUCGUGGUAGAUCGCUUCUUUGAAAGGGUGACCUGCGCCAGGUGACAGAUUGGAGUUGGGCCUCUCUUUGCUGUAAAAGAAGCCUCUUUCCUGUUUGUUUUUCCUUUAGAAAUAUCAGCGCACCUGAAUCGCUCCAGUCACUGCAAUGAAUGGCCAGACUAUCCCAGCAAGCACUCCCGGGCGUUCCCAGGGCUGGAAUGAGUUCUGCGAGCUGCACGCCAUCACCACGGCCAAGGAGCUCGCCAAGAAGUACCUGCUGUUUGCCACCGAGAACCCCCACCAUGACCUCCUGGCAGCUGAGAACUUCUCGGUGCAGUUCACAGCCCUCUUCCAGCAGUACUUCUGCAACGAGGUGAAGGAAGGCUUAGCCAUGAACCAGUUCAGGGUCCUGCCCUUCAGCAGGGUUCGGGACUAUAGGGAGACCAGCAAGAGGCACGCGGACGCCUCUUCGGGGCCGGUCGCGGCCAAGGUGGAGGCGGAGCUGACUGCCCACUCUGAGGCCGACAGAGCUGCUGACCCUAACCCCCGGGGCCUGCCCAAGUCAUGGAGCUCCGAGGAGCUGAUGGGGGCAGCCUCCCCUCUGGCCGCCAGGAGACACUUCUCCCUCACCCAGCUGCGGAGGAGCUGGCGCAAGUUCUUGCGCCGGAGAUCCUCCGAGGCCAUCCCAGGAGAGGGGGAGAUGCCAGAGCCUGCUCUCAAGCCUGGGCUGGCCAAAAAGAUCCUGCCGUGGACCCUGUCCCGAGAUCAGGCUCACGAGGUGUGCAAGGAGGGUCUCUUAAAAUACGGCAUGGUAGAUGAAACCACCAUGGACAGUGGGACACGCUGGCAGCGGUGCCGAUUGGUUCUACGGAAGGCAGGGACGUCAGACAAUGAAGAAUAUGUCUUGGAGCUGUUUGCUCCCCCCAAGUGCUCCAAACCCAAGCUGCUCACGACCUGCUCCGCUGUCCAAGAGAUCCGGAGAUGCACCCGCCUCGAGAUGCCAGACAACCUGAACACCUUUGUACUCAAGGUGAAUAACUGCACAGACGUUGUAUUCGAGGCUGGGGACGAGCAGCAGCUGAGUUCCUGGACAGCCGAAAUCAAAGAAUGUAUGACCCGAGGGUCCGGGGGAGCCGAUGUAGAGCUGCUCUCAGGCCUGCACUCUGACACCGUGGCAUCCAGCCCUGCCACUGGCAGCACCGACUCCCUUACCCAAGGCGCUAUGCACUGUGGGCAGCCGGAGCCAUCCUGCCAGAAAACCGACCAGUUCCUCUCGUCCUACCCCUGGUUCCAUGGCCCCAUUUCGCGCGUCAAAGCCGCCCAGCUCGUGCAGCUGCGGGGGCUGGAUGGCCACGGGGUUUUCCUUGUUCGACAGAGCGAAACCCGCAGGGGCGAAUACGUCCUCACCUUCAAUUUCCAAGGAAGAGCGAAGCACCUGCGGCUCUCGCUGACCGACCGGGGGCAGUGCCGGGUGCAGCACCUGCGCUUCCCCUCCAUCCUGGACAUGCUGCACCACUUCCAGCGGUGCCCCAUCCCCCUGGAGUGUGGCGCGGCCUGCGACGUCAAGCUCUCCAGCUACGUGGUGGUCAUCCCGUCGUCCCAAGGUUUGGGCUCAAGCAACACCAUCUUGUUCCCGUUCUCCAUCCCUAAUUGGAGCUCCGAACUCAACUUUACCCCCCUCAGUCCCUCCAGCUGCCCCCGGCUACACAUGACAGAUGACAUUCACCACAGUUCUCAGCCAGAACAGAUCUUCCACCUGGUGCCCUCUCCAGAAGAACUGGCCAACAGCCUCCGAGACAGCAAUGUGGCCGGCGCGCACUCCAGCCGGCAGCGGGACUCUGACUACGAGCUGGAUUCCCCGGGGAGGGGCCACAUUCGGGCUAUUGACAAUCAAUACACACCACUCUGACAAGAUGGGGGGGAGGGGUGCAAACCACGCACUUUGGCUUGGAGCCCUGUUAGAGAACUUCUGCUAUAGAUUUUGGGAAGCCUAUGAAAAGAAUGUAAUUUGGGAUUUAUUUUUUUUUGGUAAGGGAGGCAAUAAGAUAUAUAAACUGUUCACUCCAGUAUGGGUGUGAUCCCUCUAUUAGGCCUGUUAAAGGGCCCGUUUUACAUAUUAAAGCUUUCUUAUGACUGUUUACACAUGUCGUUCCUGUUAACAUGCCAGGCUCUCUGCCCUGUAGGCUAAUAUCUGCACUUAGUCAUUGGUACAGAGACUAUGUUACAGGUGCUUUUGGUCUUCACUGCCCUUUUUCACAUGAUGGAGCCCAGAAAAGAAACCAGAAGGGUCCAUUACAGCCACAUAAUUGGACAAAAAUGGAUUUGAAGUUCUUUGUGACAAGUUACCGAUCUGGGCUGUGCAUAAACAAAGAAAAGUCACUUCCUGAUGGCCAAGGAAUGUGCUGCAGUUGCGUAAGUCAUAGUUCCAUAUUUCUAACAGAGCAGUAGCCUUAUCGCUAACCUAAGAGUUCGUUCAUUACUUUUAGAUAUGGAGAGUACGGGCUUUAACUUAAAUCACGUUAGCAUUUUAAAAAAAAACAAACAAUGGAGCCAUUGAAGUCACUGCUACAGCCAUGGGCAAAGGAAAUGCUUUCAUCUAUUAGUCACGAUUAAAAAGUGAACACUAACUUCCUCCUAUUAAUAUAGGCUUAACGUAACUGAUCAGCGGACAAAAGAGAAGACUGACAUCUUGUCAUAGCCUUGAAGUAAAACUUCCUUUCUGCUGUGGAAAUCUUUUAAGCACAAGUCUAGAGUUCAGCAAAAGUUUUUUUCCAAAUAUGUUACCUCAGGUUGGUUCUUCAAAGCAGGAGGGGUGUUGAUAACCAGCCACUGUUGCUUGCAUUUAAAAAAAACAACUCUUUAAAUACUAGAGCAUAUUUUGAUAAGUAAAGCUAUGCAAAUAUGACUCCCCUGUGUGUCAUGGUUUUCCAGCCAGAUUGGGUGCAACCUUUUCUCCCCAAUAUUCCCCUCGCCUGUAGGUCUCAGGAAAAUCACUUUGACUGUUGGGUUUUUGACAACGCUUUUGCUAUUUAUGGAGAAGCAACGUGAGCCCCUUCGGUGGAACAAAGGGGGAGGGUGCACUAAUGACCCUUCUUCUCGUACCUUAUUGUGACUAGGGUUAGACUUUGGCAUUUCCUCAGUUAGAAUUACCAUUACAGGAGGAGAUGUGAUAUAUUUGCCUUUAUGCUGCUUUACUGAGACGGGUCUGUGCAGAACUGUGUGGUAGGAGUUAAGAUUUAUAGAGUCACAAGCAGUAAAUAGAUUAUUUCACUAACCCCUAUAGAACAGGGAAAAGUUUGUCAGCUGUCUUCUCCCCUUUCCCUCCCCCCCUCCGGAGGGUCUGACACUUAGUAUGGACAAGAUGCCUUCGUGCCCAUUCGCGAUCAGACAGGCCAUCUCCUUCCCAUAAUAUCAGCUUCUAGAAUUCCAACCAAGUUACAUUCAUAUACUUUGAUGUCACGCCCCGUAAUAGUUUAUGGUACACAGAGGCAAUUUGUUCUUCUCACAAUUAGUUCAAGAUUAAAGUGAGGUGGUUUUUUUUAAAGCUCCUAAAUAACUUGAGCUCAGGUCUAUCUGCAAGUCAACAGAAAUUUGUGCCCUUAAUUCACUUCGAUGCAUUUGAAAAUUCAACCUUUAACCCACAACCUGUGUGUUUGUAAUUAAGAAUUUUUGUACCUUCUAGUUUAUUAGUAAAAUCGUCAGUAGACCCAACCUCUUUUCAAGGUAAAGCAUUUCAGUUAUGCCAGAGUUGAGCCACACCAGAAGGGGCUCUAUGGUAGAAGAGACUCUCUGGAAUGUGGCCUAAGGGAGCAAUGC